UCAGCCCUUCGAAUAACGGCACCAUGAAGAUGCACAGCAAGAGGAACGCAAAAUGUUGGCGAAAUAGGUUCGCGAACUCCUCCAACGUAACCGGUUACAAAAAGCAAGUUAAAACCAACUUAUCUGGCCCCUGGCUACUUCCCCCAGCGAGGCGCUGACUGAAAAGUGCUGAGAAAAAGCGGCGGGCGGAGCUUUACGGGGAAAAUGGCGCAACCGCCACCUGAUCAAAACUUUUACCAUCACCCGCUGCCGCACACACAUGCACACCCCCACUCGCACCCGCAUCCCCACUCGCAUCCACAUCCGCACCCUCAUUCGCAUCCGCACCAGCAUCCGCAACUACAGUUGCCGCCCCAAUUCCGGAAUCCCUUCGACUUGGUGAGUUCAUCCUUGGGUUUCAGCGGUGCGAGUGUAACCUAUGAUCCUCCGAAGCUAUUCGAUGAGCGGACGGGUGCCAUAAACUACAACUAUAUACGUCCCUAUCUGCCCAACCAGAUGGCCAAGCCAGACAUGUACCCCGCAGAGGAACUGCCCGACUCCCUGGUGAUGCGGCGACCACGACGUACCCGCACCACCUUCACCAGCUCCCAGAUCGCUGAGCUGGAGCAGCACUUCCUGCAGGGACGCUACCUCACCGCUCCCCGGCUGGCUGACCUGUCGGCCAAGUUGGCCCUGGGCACGGCCCAAGUGAAGAUCUGGUUCAAGAACAGACGGCGCCGUCACAAAAUCCAAUCGGAUCAGCACAAGGACCAGUCCUACGAGGGCAUGCCCCUCUCGCCGGGCAUGAAGCAGGCGGACGGAGAUCCGCCUAGCUUGCAGACACUUAGUUUAGGCGGUGGAGCCACGCCCAACGCCCUGACACCCUCACCCACUCCCUCCACGCCCACGGCGAACAUGGUGGAGCAUUACAGCGAGUCGUUCAACGCCUACUACAACUACAAUGGAACGCAUGUGCAUGGUCAGGGACAGGCCAGUGGGCAUCGCCACAUGCACGCCCAGUACCAAAAUCCAGCGAACGGUGGAGCACCCAAUGGGGGCCAGUUCUUUCCGCAGCAGCUUCAGCAUCAAGCACAGCAACAGCAGCACCAUCACCAUCAGCAACAGUUGCACCAUCACAGCAACCAUGGACCGCUCCACAUGCAACAGCAGCAGCAGCAACAACAACAACAGCAGCAACAGGCAGCGGCACAGCAACAACAGUACCAGCACUUUGACUUCCCUCAAAAGCCAGCCAGCGCCUGCCGUGUCCUGGUGAAGGACGAACCGGAGGCCGAUUACAACUUCAACAGCUCGUACUAUAUGCGCUCGGCUCUGUCUGGCGCCACUGCUGUUGCCGUAGCUCGCGGCGCUGCCUCGCCCGGCUCUGGCUCCGAGGUCUAUGAGCCAUUAACACCCAAGAAUGACGAGAGUCCCAGUCUGUGUGGCAUCGGCAUCGGCGGACCGUGCGCCACAGCCGUUGGCGAGACGGAGGCGGCCGACGACAUGGACGAUGGAACGAGCAAAAAGACGACGCUACAGAUCUUGGAGCCUUUGAAGGGUCUGGACAAGAGCUGCGACGAUGGCAGCAGCGACGAACUGAGCCCCGGACUAAGAGCUUUGUCAGGAACCGGAAUUCGUGGCACAGCCUUUGCCAAGUUUGGCAAACUUUCGCCCGCGCAAGCGCCACCGCCACCACCGCUGGGGAUGGGUGGGGGCGUGACCAUGGCCGAAUCGAAUCAAUAUCAAUGCACGAUGGAUACGAUAAUGCAAGCGUAUAAUCCGCAUCGUAACGCCGCAGGCAACACGCAGUUCGCCUACUGCUUUAACUAGGCCUGGACGAGCGGCUGUCGUCCCAGAGAGUUAUGCUAGUUAUGCUAAGUUAAUCCUGAUUGUACAAAGAACCAAGUGAUUGUAGAUAUCUACGCGUAGUAAGUUAGACCUAGUCGUAAGAAAAUUGUAUAUUGUCCUUAGUGAUGUUCUAUGUGCUAGCAUAUUAGGCAAGCCAUCUGGUUUUCAAAGCAUCCUUUUAGUAAUAACUCUAUUUAGAUUGAAAUUUUCCCUGCAAUACGUUCUUUGCCUCCACAGCUUCUGGCUGGGUGUUCCAAUAAAGCCCAGGAAUACUCAGUCAGAUAUAGUGGAGGCUUUAAUGGGCUUGAACGUAUUCCAGGGAAAAUUAUUUUUGAAUUUUAACUUCAAGCCAGCAAGUAAGUCCUGCCUGGAACAAUUUGGCAUAGCUAAAAACUGUACUAAUCGAAAUGUAAAAUGUUUCUCUUGGGGGGUAAUCAGACACUAGAUUACCUCUUAAAGAUCGAACAUUUAAAAAAUAAUACUCGAUAAGAUAUUUUCAAUUUCUAUGCUAUGCCAAAGAGUCUGGCACAAUCCAACAUUGUCACGUUCUUGGAUCGAGAAUUGUGAUCAAAUAGUUGUUUCUAAAAGUGCCGACCACUUGUUCUAGAUUCAGUGAUUUAUUUAUUGCCUGUGGAACGAAUUAAAUUAUAUAUUUUAUAUCUACUUUAGUUGCUUUGAAAUCUAUUUAAGCUUCAUAUUUUAAAAGUGCACUCUUUAAUGUUAUAACGAAUAAGUUUUAUGUAAAUCAUGAAAUACAAGUACUACAUGAAUA